AUUUCAUUGUAAAGCGCAACACACAUUCGGCCGUUUUAAACAGUAAGGCUACGAUUUCGUUGUUUAUUCACCCAUUUGAACAAAAAUAAUACUUUUGAUGUAGAGCGCGGCACACACAUCACAGUUUUAAACCGGACAGUUUCAAUCUUGUUAAUAAUAAUCAAAUUUAAAUGUGAAGCACAGUACACACGCCACAGUUUUAAGCCGUAAGGCUACGAUUUUGUUGUUUAUUCACACAUUUGAUAAAAAUAAUACUUUUGAUGUAAUGCGUGGCACACACGUGACCGUGACAGUUUCAAUCUUGUUAAUAAAAAUCAAAUUUCAAUGAAAAACCCAGCACACACGCGACCGUUUUGAACCAUACGGCUACGAUCUCAUUAGUAAAUCACUCAUUUGGAAAAAAUUACUUCCAAUAUAAAGCGCAGUACACACGUGACUGUUUUAAAUCGUACAACGAAAUUCUGGGCAUCCUUGUACAAAGGUUUGCCAGUUCUUUCAUACACUCGAUCAAACAACGUCUUCUUUUUCGUUAUUGCGAAUUUUUUUAUCGCCUUAAACAAAUUAAUGAAAGAAAAUUUCUAUUUCUAAAUUUUUGCGCUGAUAUCCAUGUAUUUGCGGCUUUAGUCGUGACGUUGAAUCGACCAUUCGUGUUUUAUUACGACCGUUAAAUUCACUGAUAAAUUUUAUGUAAACAACACGCCGACGUAGCAGUAGCCACUUCGUUAAUUAGGAAAUUAGAAAAUAUAAGUCCGGUCCUCUAUCUAUGAGGUUUUUAAACAACCACACGCCGACGACGGUCCGACUAUGAAGUAUCAGACAUUUGAGCGAGACUGUACUGACAACCUGGCGGCAGUAGUCCGCAUUACGUACAUUUUCUUUCAUAUUCAUUCAGUUUUCCGACAAAUGUCGGUGGUUCGGUUCGAUAAAUCGUAUUUUUUCCCUAUUUUCACGAACUGAAAACUAUCUUAGAUGCCUAACAACAACAGGACCAUUCGGUUGAUUUACUUUUUUGGUUUCAAUACGUGAUACAGGUUGUUUAUUUCGUAGUUUAUCAUUUUUCGUGUUUAUAGUUUUAUUUAUUUAUUGUUUAUGUUUAAUUAGUGCCGAUGUUGCAGUAUAAUAAUUAUAAUAAUCAAGGUUACAAUAAACUAUUCACGCAGGGCUCGGCUGAUUCGAACUAUUCGCAACCGUCGUCAGAUCUUUCGCUCGACGAAGAAAAAGAAACGUUACGUCGAGAAAAAGAACGUCAGGCCCUUAAUCAACUGGAAAAAGCAAGGACAAAACCGGUAGCGUUUGCCGUCAGAACAAAUGUAGCUUAUGAUGGAUCCGUCGAUGAUGAUUCCCCCGUUCAUGGAUACGCCAUUUCUUUCGAAAUCAGAGAUUUCUUGCACAUCAAGGAAAAGUACGAUAACAACUGGUGGAUCGGACGUUUGGUUAAAGAAGGCUGUGACAUCGGUUUCAUCCCCUCCCCCGUCAAAUUGGAGAACUUACGUUUACAACAAGUGCAAACGAGGACAACAAAAUUGUAUUCGAGCAAGACGAGCUCGAGUUCCAACAUCGGCGCCUCAGCCGGUAACGACGUUUCCCGAGGUAGCACUCCUCCCACGCCCGGAGAUGAAUCGGAUUCGAUGGGUAAUGUCAGAACGGGCAAAUCGCUUACCACACCUCCGGCGAAAGAAAAGAAGAAACCUUUCUUUAAAAAACAAGAGGCUACGGCCCCUUACGAUGUUGUUCCUUCCAUGCGACCUGUAGUUUUAGUGGGUCCUUCUUUGAAAGGAUACGAAGUAACUGAUAUGAUGCAAAAAGCCUUAUUCGAUUUUUUAAAGCAUAGAUUCGAAGGAAGAAUUAUAAUAACUAGGGUUAUGGCCGACAUAUCGUUAGCCAAACGUUCUCUCCUAAACAACCCUUCGAAGCGCGCAAUCAUGGAACGUUCGACGACACGAUCGACGUGCCUAUCGGAAGUUCAGGCUGAAAUCGAACGUAUUUUCGAGCUUGCGACUACCUUACAACUAGUGGUGCUGGAUUGUGAUACAAUUAAUCAUCCUUCGCAACUUGCCAAAACUUCUUUAGCCCCCUGUAUCGUCUAUCUUAAAAUAAGUAGUCCUAAGGUUCUGCAACGGCUUAUAAAAUCGAGGGGGAAAAGUCAAGCUAGGCAUUUAAAUGUUCAAAUGGUUGCUUCGGAAAAGUUAGCUCAAUGUCCGCCCGAAAUGUUCGACGUUAUCUUAGAUGAAAAUCAAUUAGAAGAUGCUUGCGAACAUAUAGCGGAAUAUUUAGAGGCUUAUUGGAGAGCUACGCAUCCUGAAAUAAGUAUCCCUAACGUAUCUCGACCUAUAGGUAGUUCUCCGCAGACUUCCCCAACGGUUGAUCAAGAAAGACCAACAUUACCAGCACACCACGAUGUAUAUGGAUACGGUCAUCAUGAGUCUCGAGUUCCAACUUUCCACACAGGCCAUCAAAGAAGCGUCCGAGGAAGAUUAGAAAGAGAACGCGAGUAUGAAGAAUACUCCGAUAGAGAACUUAACACGCACGUAGCGCCUACACACGACGACUACCGAGAACGGAUUCCCACUUCCCGAUCUAGAGAAGAGGAUUCGUUCUCUAGCCACCGAGGCGCGUCGCGAAGGGCGUUGAACGCCAUCUAGUGGAGGCUUACAACGGAACAACCCAUUGAAGAGGAGUUUCAAGACGAGCUAUCGCCGAAAACUGAAUCGUACUACAAACCCCAGAUCCCCAGGGAAUACGCCAGCGACAGCAGGACUCCUAGGGAACGACGAUACGACGAUCUCCUCCUAGACAGACGCCCGGAAGACAAAGAAAGGUAUCCGGAACGAUUCAGGUAUUCGGAAGGACCGAGCAGGAGGUAUCAGGAAGAAAGGAGAACCGCCGUCGUGGAUAGGAGUAAAUUGGAAGGGAGGAAUUAUAGGAAAGAACUUUUGGAAAGGUUUUCUGGGAUGGAAAUUGAAGAUCGUCAAGAAUUUCCUAGUCGUCAUAGGUACUACGAAUGAUAUAGCUGAUCAAACUAAUACGUACAACGUUUCAAAUUUCAAAAAAUAUCUCAAACAAAAAUUAUUUUUUCAUUACAUCCUGUAUAUCUUUGCAAUCAUGUGACUCGUAAAACACAACUUCUAAUUUAUCGAAAUAUUAUUUUCAAUUAAACAUGACAACAUCGCGCUAUUUCAAUUAACGUCGCGUGUCUGACUAAUCUAUUUAAAAUGUUACUUCAUCUUCCCACUAUUUAUAUAAAAAUAUGGCACCGAAUUCAGUUAUUACAAGGUUAGAAAAGAUUUAAAGAUAGAGAUAGAAAUGAAUGAUUUUUCUCAUUAUAAAGUUUAUUUCAAUGAAUUCCAUUUAUAUAUUAGGUAAUUUUUGUUUGAGAUGAACAGGCAUAAUCCACACGUGCCUAAAAUACAUGUACAAACUAUGCAUUGAAUCCAAGAAGACGAAUACAAUAUUUUUUAACAGUACUCAAAUGUAUCAAUCAAUGACGAUGAUAUUAUAUUAAUAAACUUUUUAUUUAUAUCACAAAUAUUUUCAAAAAACUAUUACGAAAUAUUUGAAAAAUUAAUAAACAUUAUUUUAAUUACAAAACUUAACUCUUUAACAUUCCUUCGAUAAUGUAAGUGUAGGAAUACGUCUAACAGUGUUGCCAGAUUUAUUUCACAACUGUCUUUGAAUUAAAAAUAUCUUGUUUUUAAAACAGCAGCGGAUAGACCGGGGUGGCCCGCACAAAAAAUUAUUUUAUCUAAAUGAUGUUUUUCAGUGAAAUUUUAGUUGAAAAUUUGAUUUCUUGAAAAAUUUGUAAGUAAUUUCAACUUCUGUUGUGGGAAAACCAAAAAAAAACAAUUUUUGUUUUUAACGUAUAAUUAAAAAAAAUCCAAUUUUUAUGAAUUUUCCCCCAUCAUAAAAGAAUCUAAAAUUUAUGAAAAGUUUUUCUCACCCAGGUACUCAUUUUUUUUUUAAAUUCAAUUCCUUAAAUAUUUAUUACACAUAUUGAAUCCUUUAAAAAAAACCUUUUAUAAUCCUGUGGUAAUUAUAUUUCAAAAUAAUUCGUUUCAAGGAAAAUCCUUGAACUCUGGCAACACAGAUGUCUGUUGUUUAUAUUCUUUCACGAUGUGUAGUAGACGAAAAUACGUAGACGUACAUAGAGCGCAUGCUCGUUUACAUUUAUUCGUAAAUUGCCGAAUUUAAUUUCUUUAUUAAAACGCAAUAGCUUUUUAAUUAGUCGUAGAAAUUUUGUAAUCGUUUUCUGGUAUUCUCGUUCUUCUUUUACGGAAGAAAAACAAAAACUUGUAGUAUCUUUUUCGACUUACUUCAAUGGGAUGUUCCGUUCAAUGUGAUUGAAACAAAUAUAAACUAAAAAAAAUUGACCAUUUUGGUGCCAUAGCUCAAUUUUUAAUCAAUCUUAUUAAGUAAACUGGAAGAAUAUAUUCAAGCUUUAACUUAGGAUUUUUAAAUUAAUUUUAAGGAAGGAUUAUUUAGAAAAAAAUAUGUAAUAUUAAUGUAUAAUAAUAAUUUUAAAGCUCAGUCGUACUAGAUUCGAUAGUAUAAAUGUAGCAAGCCCCAACGUGGAUUCUAAAAACGUCAUCUGUCAAAAACAAUUAUAUAUUUCGAAUCACUAAUUCGAUUUAAAAUAAGUUUUAUCAAUUUACAUUUUUGUUUAAACACUUUAAAUUGAUCAAAUUAAUCACUUAUAAAUAAUUUUAAUCAAACUAAAUUUAUUUACAUGAUCUAUUUCAAUAAUAACCCAUAUAAAUCACGUACAUUAUAAAUUUACAAAACUUACCUGUUACCAUUUGUCGUUACAACUGUUUCUGCAAGUUUAGUUCUCCUUUUAUUUCAACGAAUAAAUUCACGCUACUCGAUUGUAGGUGGCAUUUACGUAUUAUAAAUUGUUUAAAUGGAUAUAUUGAUAAACUAUUUAUGAAAAUUUAAAAAUAUUCGGUUAUUAUUGUGAUUGAAUAUAAAAAAACGACUAAAUGAUAUUUUUAACUCAAUGUAAGUUAUAAAAACUAAUUUGAAUGCAGUGAUAUCUAUGAUACAGAAGAUGACGAUAAUGCAAGUUGGGUCGAAAUAUAUAACGCAACGAAUGUAUAGCCAGACAGGGUAUUACGUCAUAACGGUUUCAUCGGAAUUACAAAAAAUUUAUAAAAAUUUCGGAUGAUACCUAAUUAGCAUAUAUAUUUUUUUAACGUCCACGCUAUCCAUUCAAUAUAAUAUAAUAAAUCGAUGUUAUUUAGGUAUUUAUAUAUUAUAAUUUGGUUUUUACGUAAAAAAAUUUUUAUUUUUGAUGUUUACUAUUUUGGUGUUCUACGUCUAAGCUACUCGGCAGAAAAAAUAAUAAUAAAGACUAUAUAAUUAGAUAAAUUAAUAUACCUUACUAAGCAAAUGAAAAAAAAACUUGUUAUAUAGGACUUACUAGGGUUGUUUGUAAUAGUUUGAUGAAAAUAACUUUACUGAAGUUAAAUUUUGAGGUUAGGAAACAAGAAAAAGAGACAUUAGGGGUGGUUAAUCAAUUCGAUGUGUAUUUUAGCCGUAGCAAUAACUAAAUUGUUUUAUUUUAAUGGAAAAAGAUAUUUUUUCUUCAAAACUCCAUCCUAAAUUUGUUCUAACAACAGACACGGUUGUCAAACACAAACUAAACUUUCAAAAUGGCUGAUAUUUCAAUUAGAAUGUCUAAAAUAUAUUUCUAGAUAUGUGCUGACAUGUUCCGGCUGGAAUCGGAAACUUAUAAAACAACCCUCGUAUAUAAAAUGUGAACGAAUUGUCCUAUAUUCACGUCUAGUUUGACUGGGCUGUAAAAACCGAGAUAUUAUACCUUAAAGGAAAGUGUACUCUAUAUUGGAGUAGUAAUUCGCUUAAUUUUUGAUAGUAUCAAUACGAGGCGAGUCAAAAUUACUUUUAUUCAAUUUUUCAAAAUGUCACCAUAGCUCGUAUCCUGAAUUAUUUUGGUAUAAAUCUAACCUUGUAUAUAUUUAGUUUUUUAUAAUUUAUUUAAAAAAGUUUUUUAUAAUUUAUUUAAAAAAGUGAAAGUAAUUUUUUCUGGUCCCUUUGUGAUAUUUUUGUCAAGUAUUUGACUGACUCUAGGUUAAAAUUUAGAUGAGGAUUGCACUGCUGAAAAUAAUAAAAAAUACCAAGAAGCGGGGCUCGUCGGACAUACAUCGAAAUUCAAAUGCCACAAUAAUUAAAAGUAUAAAUUCCUCUUGAGCUGAUCUUAUAUAUAACCUCAAAUGUUUACGUCAUAAAUUAAUCAACAAGCUUCCCUAGUAAUCACUUUGGACCUACAGAAGACUUAUUACAUAAUGUAUCAUACCUUGUCCAGAUUCAAAGCACCCCUCGAGUGUUUGACAGUCAUUGAUGAUCACGUGUGCCAUAAAAUUUUCAAUAUUAAUGUCCCGAGUGCAUGUCAAAUUGUCGAUAAUUUAAUUUUCUCGAGUGCGCGAAUGCGCACUAGAGGAAAUUAUGAGACAAUUUGACAUGCUCGAGAGGGCAUUUUGGCAGACUAUUUCCUGAGAAAAAUUUAAUUUAAAAUAAACUUAAUUCUGUGUUUAAAAUUUGUUAUUAUUGUUAUUCAUUUUCAAUAAUUGUUCCUUUUCUUAAAAUAUAAAAUUAAAACCAAAUGAUGUUUAUUAAUCCUAGACGAAAAUUUGGCACUAGUGCAAAUUAUCGAUAAUUUGCACUAGUGCAGUAUUAUCGCUGAAAUUUGAUCGUUGCUAGGUAAACAUAAAAUAUUACAGCUUUUUCGUUGGCUUAAAUUUUUCGAAGGAAAUAGUCAAUAUUAAUGUCCCGAGUGCAUGUCAAAUUGUCGAUAAUUUAAUUUUCUCGAGUGCGCGAAUGCGCACUCGAGGAAAUUAUGAGACAAUUUGACAUGCACGAGAGGGCAUUUUGGCAGACUAUUUCCUGAGAAAAAUUUAAUUUAAAAUAAACUUAAUUCUGUGUUUAAAAUUUGUUAUUACAAUCUAUCAUUAUAAUUUUGCAGGCUUUUUAAAAUGUUGAAAGAAAAAAGAGGAAAACAUAUUACGGUCGAUCGUCUUUUCUUAACUGUAAAUCCAUCAUGGAUGAAAGAAACAUCAAAAGGUUUUUUUAAAAAUUGUCCAGUAGGACGAAAUGAAAUUUCAAAGUGGACAAGAGAUGCAGCGGAAGCUAUAGGAAUUGACACGAAAAGAAUAAAAGUGACAAAUCACUCGAACCGUGCUGCGGCAGUUACUCAGCUUGCCAAGGUUGGGGUUUCAGAAAAUCAAAUUAUGAAGGUUACCGGACACUCAAAUCAGGCCUCGAUAAAGAGUUACCUCCAAGUAAAUAGUGAACACCACGAGGAAAUUGUACAAAAAAUGCGAAAUGACAGUAGCGAAGUAACAAUAAGAAGUGGUGGAAGCAGCAUAGAAACACCAUCGUCGGCCUCCAGUAAAGUUGUAUAUUCUAAUUGGAUUUUCAAUAAUUGUUCCUUUUCUUAAAAUAUAAAAUUAAAACCAAAUGAUGUUUAUUAAUCCUAGACGAAAAUUUGGCACUAGUGCAAAUUAUCGAUAAUUUGCACUAGUGCAGUAUUAUCGCUGAAAUUUGAUCGUUGCUAGGUAAACAUAAAAUAUUACAGCUUUUUCGUUGGCUUAAAUUUUUCGAAGGAAAUAGUCCCUAAAAUUCACCCUACAGAUUAUCUAGUGAAAAAAUAAAUCCCAAAAUGUCCUAAAUUUCGAAUUAAUAUCUUUAUAUUGUUUUAUUUCCCGACAUAUUUUUUUACAGCAUCGCCUAUUGGUGUAUAACAUUGAUUUUUUUAUAAGGAUAUCAUCCAUUUUAUAAAAAAAAUAGUAUUUUCGACAAGCCCUGGCUCUAAUUCUACAAAUUCAUGUCGAUGAAACUUGUUUUUCCAAAAAAAAUUGCUAGUUGAAUUUCGUUAAUAAAUAACUUUGUACAAAUUGUACUUUACCCCAAAAUAAAAUAGUUUAUGUCGUUUCUCAGGAUUCUUUCUAUGAUUUACUUUCAAAAAACAGAUUGUUUCGGUGUAGAAAUUCGAAAUUUGCAUCAAUAGAAUUCUAAAUUUUAGAUUUUCAUUUAUCGAUUUACUGCUUUAAAUCAAUUUCUUUUAAAUACUUUAUAAUUUUAAACUAACGAAUCCUGAGAAACUUAAAAAAAUCCAGCACUUAUUCAUCCUAAAUACAAGAUUUUCUUAAACAAAAUAAAACCCACAUUUUUUUCGGAUUUCCUACACAAUCUUGCAUCACUGUUUCAAAUUAUUUCACGUUACUUUAACUAUAUUUAUAUAGGCAGCAAUAAUUACGUCAUCUGUCAAUAACGAAUUUAUAUAUACAUAUUCAAAAAAGUUUGAUUUAUUUUCGCCUUUAUUUAAACACAAUUUUAAACAUUUUUAUUAAUAAUUUAAAACAAUGAUAAAUGAUGACAAACUGAAUUACAGGUUCCUUUAAUAUCCGUUGAAUUAAUAUGAUUUAACAAUUCGAUGACAGAUGGCGGUUCAAUUUAAUCAAAAUAUUGAUUUUUAAACAAAAUAUUUCAACAAACUGUAAAUUUCAGUUGCUUUCUUGUAUUCAGAUCGAAUGUAGUGAAAAAAAAAACGCUGGAUUAUUGUUUAAAAUUUGUAGAUUAUAUACUGCAUCUGUGCCACGAUCUGGUGGCUGAAUCACCCGACCAAUUUCAACUACAUAAAAAGUAUUUAUAUUAUACAGUUCUGUAAAAAAAAUUGCACUUCGCAUUAGCCGAGUUCAAAGUAACAUUUGACAUUAAACUCGAAUUCUAUUAAAAACUGGAAUUUUCGACCUCAUAUUAUAGGAAAAUUUCAAACAGCGCUGUUUAAAUUCUUGCAACUGACAUUUAUCCACUAGCUCUGGUUCUUCUUCAAUAAGGUGCCGCUAAUGGUUGCCAUUAACACAGCGUUGCCAAAUUUAUCUUCUUUAAAAUUAUAUUAUAAUAUUUAUUUCAAAUAACGAAAUUUUUGAUAAAUUAAAUGAACAACAUUUAUUACCUCAAGGAAGAAGAAAAAAUUACAUACAUACAAAAACGUGCAAUAAUAUUAUUACUUUUAAACGAUACCAAACACACAUUUUUGCUAUUACCAGAUGGCGUAAAACAAUAGAGAAGUUUCUUUUUCCAAAUCAAAAAUUCACACAAUAAUAUAAAAGUAUAUAAUUUUUUUUAUACGAUUAAAAACGAUUAAAAUUAUACUGAAAUCUGUAAAUUAAGUGCGGUCUGGCAACAUGGAUAUCCGAAAAUUAAGUUUCUCGCAAUCUACGCAACAUGGCGUCUAAUAUAAUGGCAUCUAAUAUAAUAAUCAUCACAUAAUAUAACUGAUUAUGGAGAAAAAUAAGAUGGUGGAUUUUAAUAUUAGACACAUAAAGAUAAUUAAAACAAAAUGAAGGAAAAGAAGAUAUUGUAGUUAAACCUUUUGGGCUUAAAUCUCGACCACGAAAUUGGGAAGGUUGUACGAAGGGACGUGAUGUUUACCUCAUUCGGUAAAUCUCGAUCAACUUCGGGAAUAGUGUAAUGGAUGCUUAUUAAUAAAAAAUGAGAGUUUAAUGUUUGAUAUGCAACUAGUAAAUCCUCAUUUAGAAUUUUGAGCUUCGGCGAAUGCGUUAAAAACUUAGAUAUAGUGCCAUAAUUUUUGUUUCUUUAGCCCUAUAUUAAAAUUUAGUAUAAUAAUAAAUAGUAUAAAGCCCGUUUUGCACUGAAGACGUCUCAAAGCUAUCUUAAAUUGAAGUUACAAAGAAAAUGUGUUACGAUUUUUCCGAUUUGGAUGAAAUUUGAGGUGAAAUUAAUUGAUUCGAAAAUAAAAAUGGUGCAAAAAGGUUUUCCAAAGCCGAUGACAUUAUGGAAUAUAAUGAGUAAUACGGAAUGAAAACAAAGAAUUUUACUACAUGAUUUCAUUAUUUGGCUGAAAAGUAUAGAGAAAGUAAUUAAAAAAAAGGAUAUUUUCAAGUUUUUUUCAAAAGUUAUCGAUUUAGUUCAUAAUCUUUUAACUUUAACUUUAUAAUUUAGAAACAGGGCCAUCUAUAUACUGGAGGUGGGACUAAGAGUUUUAGUGUGUAAAAGCGAGUGAUGAGGAGGUUGUGGACGUUGCUGUUUCCGUUUCUCAGUUUAAAUCUUGUUAAUAAUUAAGAAAAGUAUACAGAAAGUAAUUAAAAAAGUAUAUUUUCAAUGUUUUUUCAUAUUUUCAUAAAAAGUUAUUGAGUUGGUUAAUAAUUUUUCAAAUUAUUAAAACGUUAUAAUUGAGAGACGACGCCAUCUAUAUAUUGGAGAUGGCACUAAUUAAGAAUUUGCGUGUCUAAAAGCGAGUUAGGAGGGGAUUGUGGACGUUCCCGUUUUUCAGUUUAAUUCUUGUUAACUAAUUAAAAAUAUAUAUUUUUCUAACUUGUAAUAUUUUAUAACGUUAUCGGCAAAUACAUUUUAAAAGAAGAUAUUUAUUAUUAUUAAAAAAUAUUUCCGAAACGCUGUUAAUACAUAAUGGAGUCUAUUGAACAUUUCAAAAAAUAAAUAUAUUAAGUAAUUAUUGAUAUUUGAAUAUAGCUAAACUUUGAUAUGAUGUAAAUAUAGUUGAUAAACAAAUUUAUACUAUUUUAUUUUUUUUUGUAUUUAAUUUCGUUGGGAAUUCGACCCAAUUUGUAAAAUAUUAUUUAACUUAUUUUUUUUUCUAAAUAUUGUUAUUAGAUUAAAACCAAACGAGUAUUUUUCCAAAAAAAAACAAACAUUCUUGACCUAUUAAAUCAAAUAUAUAAAAUCUACAGGGUGUUUUUCGAUUCAUGCGAUAAAAGCACCCUGUAUAUAAUUAUUGCGUAUAAUGGUCAGUGACUUGAAAACAAAAUAUAAUUAUUUUUGUUUUUUAAUUAUUAUUAUAGAAUUACUCAUAUACUUUAAUUUCUAGUCCAUCCUGUAUAAAUUUAUGACAUAAAUUUUUUCAUAUUUUGAAAGUGGAAUUAAUUCAUACGAUAUAAAUUGCAACAAAAAAUACUCGAAAUUUUUAUUUUAUGAAUGUAUUCACCAAAUACGAAAUAUAUUUUUUUAUUUUAAUUUAUACAAUUAAUUUCACUAUAAAUGCAUUGCUGUUUUAUGAUUUGUCAUUUGUACGUUCAAAUAUUGUGAAAGCGAGAAAGUAAGAAAGGAAGCGGCACUAUUGACGUGCAUUUUUCUAAAUAAAAUAAUUCUACAAAUGCCAAAAA